CUCAUUGUUAAAUAUGAUGAUGAUAAGAUAGAACAAUAUUUAAAAACUUUUAUUAACCAAAAAAAAUGCUCUUUACAAAAUAAAGGGUUUGAAGAUGAUAAUAGUAAUAAGAAAAAUAUUUCUGCAAUUGCAAAUCCUUCAAUUACCAAGUAUAAAAAUAGAUCUAAAACUAAGCAAUACAAAACUGCUAUAGAAAAAGUUACAGAAAAGAUUUCAAAAAAGACUCCAAAAAAG